CAGCGCCGAUAACACAGGACUGAGUCGCCGCCGCAGAACUGCGCUCUACGAAACUUUCGAGGCAAGACAAGACGAUUAUUUUUGGCUAGAACCUGCCGAAGAAAUAAAAUUUGGAGCAACAAGUGCCGCGUCGUGGUAGUUUAGAUGGUCGAACGAGAUGAUAACCUAGGAGGGUGGUAGUGCAUGCGGCUAUGUGGGCUCUGGUAGUGGCGGCUCUAUGGGUGUGCGUGGCGGCCACUCCGCCGCAGCCGCUGCAUCUGGAGCGCGACUCCUACAGGAGGCCCAGCACCUGGCAGAAAAGGACCCAGGACCAUCACCAGCAGGACGUCUCGCAGCACAUCCCGCACCUCAGCGCGGCUAACUCGCAACUCAUGAUGCGACCGCCUAGAGGCUCGCCUCAGUACGACGUGCCGCAAAUAGAAUGUCCCCUAGCGCCCGAUGGAAUGGAACGGUUCGCCUGUCCCACCCCUGACCGACAGGGCAGAUACCAUUGUAUAGACGAUCACGUACUCUGUGACGGAUUUGUAGACUGUCCCAUGGCGGAGGACGAGGACCGCCAAUCAUGCAUGUUUUACAAAACGACUAAAGCGCACCUAGACGUGAUAGCCGACGCGCUGCUUCAGUGGGCGCGUGGACGUUAACCCCCCAAGUGACCGGGCUCACGGAGCGGCACCCGCUUGUCAGGUCCGCUUGCCUCUCCGUUUAGCCCCCAGCUCCGCCCACUGACUAAGCGUAUACUUCAGAGAGGAAUAAGACUUCGCCAGCAGCAAGCACACGCACGUGCUGUCCGCCGGACCCGACCCUAGUCUCUAACCUCACUUUCAGUUCCCGUUCGACGUGUUUGGAGGGCUCGUUUCGUUCUUCUUCGAGAUCCUGCUGCCAGCGCAAUGGAUUGCGGCUGCCAGUGUUUGUCAGACGGACUGUGCUGCGGCUUGCCACGUUCAAAAAAAUCAUUCCCAAUUGACUAGCGAAAACCCACUCUCCAACAAAAACCGCAUCCCUCUGCAGGCCUAAGCUUCAAACUAAAUUCGCACGCCCUUUUAUUUUCAGUAUUGCCAACUCUCAAAAGUUUACUUCAAAAUUUACCAUUUAUUUUAGUAUAUCUACUCCAAAAACUUACUUUUUAAUGGUAUUGGGG